AUGGUCAACAGAGCAGCAGCCAAGCUCCGAGCACAGCUCGCAGACAAAGACAGCAUCAUCGUCUGCCCGGGGGUGCAAGAUGGCCUGUCGGCGCGCGUGUGCCUCGAUGAGGGCUUCAAGAACCUCUACAUGACCGGCGCAGGCACAGCAAUGAGCGUCCUAGGCAUGCCCGACCUAGGCAUGACAACCCUAGACGACAUGGCCCGCAACGCAGGCAUGGUCGCCAGCCUGGACCGCUCCGUCCCCGUCAUCGCCGACGCGGACACGGGCUUCGGCGGGCCCCUGAUGGUCGCCCGCACGGUCGAGAAGUACGCCGCGGCGGGGGUGGCGGCGCUGCACAUCGAGGACCAGGUCGCGGCGAAGCGGUGCGGCCACCUCCUGGGCAAGGAGCUCGCGGGGGUGCCCGAGUACGUGGCGCGGAUCAGGGCCGCGGCGGCGGCGCGCGAAGCUCUCGGCGAGGACAUCGUCAUCAUCGCGCGCACCGACGCGCUGCAGUCGCUCGGGUUCGACGAGGCCAUCGCGCGGCUGAAGGCGGCCGUCGAGGCUGGGGCGGACGUCGCGUUCCUGGAGGGCAUGACCAGCAAGGAACACAUGGUCGAGUGCGUAAAGGCUAUGGCGCCGACGCCUUGUUUCCUGAAUAUGGUCGUGGGCGGUGUAACCCCCCUGGUGGACAGCGAGGAGGCGAGGAGGAUGGGGUACAGGAUCGUGAUAUGGCCUGUUUUCUCAAUGACCGCCGCGCUGCUGGCGUACAGGGAGGCUGCGAAGGAGCUCAAAGAGUUGGGCAUGAACAAGGAGAGGAGGAACGAGAAGGGGGAGCUGCUAGGUGGCGUCAGGGAAUGUUUCGAAGUCUGUGGCUUGACCAAGUACUCCGAGUUCGACAAGGCGAUGGGAGGCCAAGCCUUCUCGAAGGGUGUAUGA